UCGUCGUCGUCAUAAUCCACCAACGGACAACAACGUCGGCAAGGCCCUCGUUGGUAUUUUCAGGCGAUGUGGCUCGGUAGCGGCGGCUGUCCGUAUAAUCUUUCUCUUGAGAUGUAGUCACCCUUGCGUGAACACAAGGGACGAGAGGUGAAGAAGAAUAUACCAUUUCCUUGCUGCUUAAAACAGGAUCAUGGAAAGUUUUGGAGUGGAGACGGAAGAAGGCGUGAAAAAUCGGAAUCUUUACUUGUUCUACCAGGAUGUUUGCUCGAAGCACACCCUGCAUGUUUACGCGAUAGAUUCGAGUUCACUUUUAAUGUAUCUUGUUACCAAAUUGUCUCGAGGAAAUUCGUGUGACAUGGGUUGCAUCGCGCAUGGGUCAAAACUUUAUGCUAUUGGCGGGGUAUUCCGUGAUAGCCAUGCUCAGGGAUACCCACAAGAUGUCUUGGUUUGUGAUCUCAGCAAAAGAAAGGGAAGAGAAGGUGAUCAGUAUAAGUGGAAGGCCGGCCCCGCGCUGAAUGGAGGGAAGCCUUAUCCCAUGGUAGUAGCAGUAAAGGGGAAAAUUUAUGCUUUGGCCGGACAUGCUUACCAUGAUGUACCCGUGGCCAUAGACCCGACGUAAAAGUUCUUGGAUCAUCAAGGAGUUUGGUACCCGCUGCCUGAACCUCCCUUUUAUUCCUGGUAUAAAACACAUCCUGGCCCUACGUUGCUCUGUUACACCGUCAAUGACAACAUCAUCUAUGUGCUGGUGAAGAAGCCGGACGACAAUCAGCUUGUGGAACUCUUGUACUCGUUCAGUGUUCUCAAGAAGAAAUGGAAGGAGCAUCCACGUGGUGUUUUGUGUGGCAAUCGCGUAGGGGAUAAUCUAUCAAGUCACAAAUGGUUCAAGUGGGCUGAUGUUGAGGACGGCAAGCUGUAUCUGUCUGAAGCUUUUGGUGGCAAUUGUAGACUGUAUGCUCAUGACUUGAUCACCUCUAAGAAGAAAAAGUUCGCGGAUGAAAUCGUCUCUGAUGCCUCUGCUUGCGAGAUCUACGGUGGCCUCCCGUUAUCUUGGGACGUUCAGUCUUCUUACCUUGAGUGUGGUUGCAAUGGGGUUCCUUAUGUCCGUCUGCCAGUGAAAUAACUGAAAAUUUUGGAUGUGUCCAAGCAAUCUCUCGUAGCACACGUCGGGAAUCGAAUGUUGCUUGUGGUCUGUGCGUACAAACCCCCGCUGAAAUUUCCUUAUGAUGGGCGCUUUGUUUACACAUGCUUGUUAAAGCUUGUGAAAAUAGAGAACAACAUUUGCAAAGCCAGCUGCAGUAAAAAAUUGAGAGAUUGCGCUGUAAUUGUGAAACAGCAGUACCAUAAAAUCAACAGGCUUUUCGACGACAUCAA